AGGGCCGUAGUAACCCAUUCAUGGGGCCCGCGCGCGGCUGCAGCCGGGCUCCGUGGCGCUCGCAGCCACCGCCUCCUCUCGGCUCCGGGUCUUCCCCUUCCUUUUACAACUGAUCCUGUUGGGGAUUUUUUUUUUUUUUUUCCAAAUUGGAACGGUGGGGAGGAGCAGGGAGGGGGGAUCUGGAGGAAGGGCAGAGAUUAGGCAGCCAUCAAUUUCUUCCAGUUUCUCCCAGAACAGGUGAUGCUUCUAAAUUGUGAUCACUUUCAGGAGGCAGCGCUGCAGCUGGAAGGAUGCGAGCGACCUAGGGUGGAGGGGCUGAGGCGGCAGAUCUGAACUUACGGAGGAUAAGAACCCGAACUUUGGCUACAUCAGUCCGCACCUCUCCAGUGAAGCAAAGGACGGGUUAUCUUUUUUUUUUUUCCCCCUAAGACUCAAACUUGGGCACUUGAUCCCUUUUCUUGGAUUGCUUUGGAGGAGACGAUUUGCUGGCAACGUUGGGAACAGUCAGGACUGUGUUGCUGUAACUCUUACUUUUAAAGCGACAGUAGAGGACCAGACUUUUUAAAUGUUUGGGAUUCAAGAUACUUUAGGAAGAGGACCAGCUCUGAAAGAGAAAUCGCUGGGCGCCGAGAUGGAUUCGGUCAGGUCCUGGGUCCGGAAUGUCGGAGUGGUGGACGCUAAUGUCGCAGCGCAGAGCGGGGUCGCCCUGUCCCGGGCCCACUUUGAGAAGCAGCCUCCCUCCAACUUGAGGAAAUCCAACUUCUUUCACUUCGUCCUGGCGCUCUAUGACAGGCAGGGCCAGCCGGUGGAGAUCGAGCGGACUGCUUUCGUGGACUUUGUGGAGAAUGACAAAGAACAAGGCAACGAGAAGACCAACAAUGGCACUCACUACAAGUUACAGCUCCUCUACAGCAACGGUGUCCGCACGGAACAGGACCUCUAUGUCAGGCUCAUCGACUCGGUCACCAAGCAGCCCAUCGCGUACGAGGGACAGAAUAAGAAUCCGGAAAUGUGCCGAGUUCUCCUGACGCACGAAGUGAUGUGUAGUCGAUGCUGCGAAAAGAAAAGCUGUGGAAACCGAAAUGAGACUCCAUCGGACCCGGUCAUAAUUGACAGAUUCUUUUUAAAAUUUUUCCUCAAGUGCAAUCAGAAUUGUUUGAAAACAGCAGGAAACCCAAGGGACAUGAGACGGUUUCAGGUUGUGUUGUCAACAACAGUGAACGUGGAUGGACACGUCCUAGCUGUUUCUGACAACAUGUUUGUUCAUAACAACUCCAAACAUGGACGGAGAGCAAGAAGACUUGACCCAUCAGAAGCUACCCCCUGCAUCAAAGCCAUUAGCCCGAGUGAAGGCUGGACCACAGGAGGAGCCAUGGUCAUCAUCAUUGGGGACAACUUCUUUGAUGGUCUCCAAGUGGUGUUUGGGACCAUGCUUGUAUGGAGCGAGCUAAUAACCCCUCAUGCCAUCAGAGUACAGACUCCUCCCCGGCACAUCCCAGGCGUGGUGGAGGUGACAUUAUCUUAUAAAUCUAAACAGUUCUGCAAAGGAGCCCCAGGAAGGUUCAUUUACACAGCAUUAAAUGAACCCACCAUAGACUAUGGCUUCCAGAGACUGCAGAAGGUCAUCCCUAGGCACCCGGGAGAUCCUGAGAGAUUAGCUAAGGAAAUGCUGUUGAAAAGAGCUGCAGAUCUAGUGGAAGCUCUUUAUGGCACACCACACAAUAACCAGGACAUCAUUUUGAAGCGAGCCGCAGACAUUGCUGAAGCCCUCUACAGUGUCCCCAGGAAUCCCAGCCAGCUUCCAGCCCUCUCCAGCUCCCCAGCACACAGUGGCAUGAUGGGAAUCAACUCCUAUGGCAGCCAGCUUGGGGUCAGCAUCUCAGAGUCGACACAAGGAAAUAAUCAAGGGUACAUCCGCAACACAAGCAGCAUCUCUCCACGGGGAUACUCUUCCAGCUCCACGCCUCAACAGUCUAAUUACAGUACCUCCAGCAACAGUAUGAAUGGUUACAGCAACGUCCCCAUGGCCAACCUGGGUGUUCCAGGAUCACCAGGAUUUCUAAAUGGCUCACCCACCGGCUCUCCUUAUGGAAUCAUGUCAUCAAGUCCCACCGUCGGGUCUUCCAGCACAUCCUCCAUCCUCCCAUUUUCCUCUUCAGUUUUUCCUGCUGUCAAACAGAAGAGUGCCUUUGCCCCUGUCAUCAGGCCCCAAGGCUCCCCUUCACCUGCCUGCUCCAGCGGCAAUGGAAAUGGAUUCAGAGCCAUGACCGGACUUGUUGUACCCCCGAUGUAAAGAAGAACUGCUUUCUUAUAGCACAAAACUACUUACUCUGAUGGACCAAUAAUGAAGAAAGCGCUAUGAGCUCUUACGGGGGUGUAGUGGUGCCCCCACAUGAACACGAUGGACACCCUUGGGUCUGCAAGGAGCCGGCAUCUUACUUGGUCCCACGUCCUCCUAUAGCUCUGACGGUGGCUACACAAACUGACCCUCUUGGGGACAAGGACAAAAGGUGUCAUUGACGUAGUCAGUGCUAAGAGCAGAAAUGCAAUUCUUUGUUACGAACAUUAUGAAAACCACCUUCCUAUGUUUGUAAAAUAUUUAAGAAAAAAUUGGCAAACAAUUAAUGCUUAAUAUUUUGGAUACUAUUUGUUUUUCUUUGUAGGAAAAAAAAAGUUGAAAGUUUCUAUUUUCUAUGAAGCCUUUCAGAUACCAGUUUAGUUUAUGCAGAAAAAAAUUGAACAUAACAGGGUACCAGCAUGGAAGACUUUCUUAAAACGCAACCUGAAUUGAAUGACGAAAUGUUGUAUGUGUGUUUGCUUAUAGCUUAAUCUCUAAAAAAAAAAUGAACAAAAAAAGGGAAAAAUUUUAAAAUGUUUUACAAUUAUUUAAAUAAAUAAACGUGUAACUUAUUGUAAGUAGAGGUAGAAAUUAAGACCUUUUUUUUGGAAGAGAGAGGGAUUUCUCUUCCUGAUGUAAAAUGAAAAUGA